CCAGAGCGGCGCGUCCGGGCUGGAGCGGGCGGCGGCGGCGGGGCCGGGGCGGCAGGGCGGCGGGGCUGAGGCUCGGCGGGCCGGCGGGGGUGCGGGCGACGCCGCCAUGAACGCGGCGGUGGUGAAGCGGACGCAGGAGGCUCUGGGGAGGGUGAUUCGGAGGCCGCCGCUGACGGAGAAGCUGCUGAGCAAGCCCCCGUUCCGCUACCUGCACGACAUCAUCACUGAGGUGAUUCGGAUGACUGGCUUCAUGAAGGGCCUGUACACGGAGGCCGAGAUGAAGUCAGAUAAUGUGAAGGAUAAAGAUGCAAAAAUUAGCUUCCUUCAGAAGGCCAUAGAUGUGGUUGCGAUGGUCUCGGGAGAGCCAUUGUCGGCGAAGCCAGCCCGGAUCGUGGCGGGGCACGAGCCCGAGAGAACAAACGAGCUGCUCCAGAGAAUUGGGAAGUGCUGCCUCAGCAAGCUGUCCAGCGAUGAUGCGGUGAAGAGAGUGCUAGCUGGAGAGAAGGACGUGAAGGGAAGGGCCUCACUGACGUCGAAACCUCAAGAACCAGACAACAGGAAUGUGAGGGAAGAGGAGCCCAGGGUUCCUAAAGAUGAAGAGGGCAGAAGAAAUUCUGAAAUAAAUGAGAGAAGUACAAGCAGAGAUCGCAAACAAAAAGAAGAAUUGAGAGAAGAAAGCAAACAGAGGGAAAAAGAAAGGGACAAGGAGAAGACCAAGGAGAAUGACCGUGACCGACAUAAAGACUCUGAGAGAGACAAGGGCCGCGAAGGGGAGAGAGAGAGGACCAGGGCCAGGGCCAGGCCUGACAGGGACAGAGACAGAGGCAACAGGGACCGCGACAAGGAUGUGGACCGUGCGCGAGAGAAGAGAAACGAGGGAGGAAAAGAAAAGGAGCGGUGGAAAGACAGGGAGAAGGAGCGCGAGCGAGACAAGGGCAGGGACAGGGAUAGGGACAGGCGGAGGGUGAAAAACGGGGAGCAUGCCCGGGACCCCGUCAAGGAAAAGAGCCGAGAGCAUGAUAAACCGGAGAAGAAGUCAUCAAGCUCCGGGGAGAUAUCUAAAAAGUUGUCCGAUGGAUCUUUUAAAGACUCCAAAGCUGAAACAGAGCCACAAGACGGGAGGAGCGCGCAGCGUGGGCUGCAGGCCGGAGGGCCCUGUUCAGCUUGUCGUAGGAGCGAUGAUUUGAGUGGCUUACUGCCUGGACACACAGCUGGGGAGUGCAAUCCUCCGGUCUCCUGUGUGGACCCCUGGGCUUCCUUAAAGCUUCAUUUGACGGAGGUUUCCAGUAGAGCACCCAGGUCAAAGGCAACAAAGACUUCAAAACGGCCAUCUAAAACCUCAUUGGAAGGACCGACAGAAGCUAAUACUAACUCAGCUAGUGUUUCAGAUGGUAACUCACCUAGUCUGUGGCGGGACAACCCCGAGCCAGAACCAGCAGUGAAGCAGAAAGGUGAUUCCCCUAGUGUUUCAGAAGGAGAAGUGGGACCCAUCAGCCAGGAGAAGUCAGAGGUGCCCGAGAACCCUGAGGUCCCCCCCGAGCUCCCGUCCGGUGCCAGAAGAAUUCCUCGGCCUGGGAGUGCCAGGCCAGCGCCUCCCCGAGUGAAACGACAAGACAGCGCAGAGGUGUUAACAGCGGACAGGACAGGAAGUGGUCAAACCGUCUCCAAUGUGAUUGUCGAUGUGCAGAACUCUGAGAACGAAGAGGACGACCAGUUUGUGGUGGAGGCUGCGCCCCCUCUCUCUGAGGUGUCAGAACUCGAAGUGGUACACGCAGUGGAACUGGAGGAAGAUGAGAAGCACGGAGGACUCGUCAAAAAAAUUCUGGAGACAAAGAAAGAUUAUGAGAAGCUGCAGCUGUCACCCAAACCUGGAGAGAAGUAUCACGGACAGUGCCGUGGAACCCUUGAAGGUGGAGCUGGCGGAGCUGGAGCAGCUGAUUAAAGACCAGCAGGACAAGAUCUGUGCCGUGAAGGCCAACAUCCUGAAGAACGAGGAGAAAAUUCAGAAAAUGGUGUACAGUAUCAAUCUGAGUUCAAGAAGGUGAAAGCUAAAAAAUUUCAAAGAUUUGAAGUCAGCCUCAGUUUGAAAAUAAAAAGGCAGAACAUUAUUUCUCUUUAACUCUCAAUUUGCAAAAAAAAACCAAAAAAAACCAAUUUAUAAUGUUAAUGUUAUCCAGCUAAUUUUCAGAGCUUUCAAAACUGUAGGCACAUUCAGUGUAUAAAAGACCGUGUUUUCUACCUUCCUCAGGCUAGGCUGCUCACUGGUUACAAACAGCUCUUCCAGACACCGGUGGGAAUUUCUCUGCAGGCAUGUUCUGUCCGCAGCAGCCUGGGGAGGUCAGUUCUACACUGACAUUCUCUGGCAGGAGUGCUGUUGGCAUACCAAGGCGAACAGUGGUCAUAGAUUUCAGUUUCAGGUUUGGUGAGGACUUCUGCAAGUCAGACACUGGAUGAAGGAUGACUGUGCUUUUUGAGGCACUUUAUAAAUAGAAUGUGGCCUGAACAUGAAUGGAUUGUAUUUUUAAUCCAUUUGCACUUGAAAAGGGUUAAAGGGUGUAUUUUUAUAAGGAUGCAGGUGAACUCUUUAAACCUCUUCAUACUUGUAUAUAAUUCUUUAUGUAACUUUCUUAUUGGUUCCUGUUAUCUUUUGCUUGUGUUUCUAACCUGUAAAGUUCAUACAUUUAAGAAGGCGAUUUCAGUGUGGCCAUCAUGACAUUGUCUGGACAUGAGUUUGUCCCGGCCAUCCUCACUUCCUUCGGCAUCAGCCCUGCGCUUCCCCAGGUGGGCGCUUGUGUGGCUCUGCAGGAGGCCUGCUCUCCCAGGCCUGGAGCACGUCUUCCCUUCGGACAGGUCUAUGCACCUGUGCACCCGAGAGAUGGAUAGUUUAGGGGAAUCUGAGAAAGGAAGACUUUAAAGGAGGCACAAUUUACCAAUUUUUUAUAAGACCUAUUUAUGGGGGGAGGAAAUUAUUUUUUAAAGCCAAAUUUUUUAAAAUAUGGUUUAUAUUUAGUUUUUCAUUUACAUACAAUACCGUACAUGUCUUCAAGUUUGUAUAUAAAGGGUUUCACCAUUCAGAGAUGUACUUACUGGUCCUGAUACUUGUAUUUCUAGAUGCUGUAUUUAUUAUGUAAACCAAGGCGUGCUGGUUAAGUGUUGGAAUUGCCUGAGGAAGUUUUGUUUCUCUGAGGGCUAACACAAAUGGCACAGCUUGGAUUUUUCUUAGUGUGAUUUCCAAAAUAAAUCUUUUACUAAGGUAGUUAUAUGAUUUUCUAAGCUGAGUAAGUUCAAGAUCAGAUUACCAAGAUCUGCCAUUUAGAAACACUGGUCUUUUUCUCCUUUCUAAAGGCACCGUAAAGUUCUGUUUGAUCUGAUUAUACUAAAUAGUUUGUUGGAGGCGGGGAGGCAUUCUAGCUAACUAGUCCUUCAUAUACGUACAAUCUGUUUUCUACUGAAUUGAAUGACUUAGCCACAAUCCCAAAUGGCCCUGUUUUGCUUCAAGAUAAGAUGUCUGCCCUUUAUGAAUUUGUAUAUAUGACUAGAAUUUUUGUUGCAAAAAAUUACAUACAUUGUAUGUGGGUAAAAUUUUGUAUGAAGUAGUCUUUCAAAUUGUACCAUAAAAUUUAUUUUUUCUUUUAUACAUAAAUCAUUAAAAAUAAUCGUAUUUUUUCUAUAAAUAUAUGGGUUGUGCAAUUCAGUUCAUACCUGGAAGAAGUUUACAAGCAUUUGGAUUUUUUAAAUUUUUGAAUGUCCUUUUUUUCUUUGAAGAAAGUUCAGGGAAAUGUACCUUUUCAUUCAUAUUGUGACAUUUGCUUCUUUUCUGUAUAAAUUGAAGUUUUAUGAGACAAGCAUUUAUCAAAUUUUAAGAUCAUUCAUGAAGCUUUAGAAAGUCUGAUUAUAACUGUGUCUUAUAGAUGAGUUAAAUCCUGGUGUUGCUUAUUAUUUUGAUAAACUACACAAAUGGGAUUAUUAAAUGUUUUCUCUACUUUGGUUUAUAAGUU